CUUGCAUGACGCAUAUAAUGUAGGGGUUUUCCAAUUUUUCCCAUGGUUCCACAUAAUAAUAUUGAAAAAUUAUUAUGAAUGUAAACUAUGGCUGCUAAGCAUGAACAGAAAGGGAAAUGGUCGGUUAUUUGGCCGAAAAAGAGGUGAAAACAAGAACAAAGGACCUCAACGACAAAGAGUGCCGUUCUACAGACGAAACAUCGGCAUAGCAGCUAGCCCGUUGCUGUUUAUUUUCGGUUUGAUUCGGCAACUUGCCUUUCAACUCUGGUUGGUACUUACAUUGGUUGUAUGCAAGUCUCGAGAUUUGACGCGAGGGCAGUGCUAUCGCCGUUUGAGAGCUGACGUCUCGGUGGACGCCGAAGCAGCUAUGACGUCACCAUCCAGAGCCAAGUCGCCCUCCCCUGCAGGACCUUCUCUGAGUCAGCAAAAACAUUAUCAUAGAAAAGCGUUUGAAUACAUCUCAAAGGCGCUAAAAAUAGAUGAAGAAGAUGCAGGGAGGAAGGAUCAAGCAAUUGAGAUGUACAAGAAAGGCAUUGAUGCUCUCCAGAAAGGCAUCGCUAUAGAGGUUGCUAAUGGCCAGGGUGACUCCUGGGACAAGGCGAGGAGACUACAGGAGAAAAUGAUCACUAAUCUAGUCAUGGCCAGGGACAGACUCGAGGUGUUAGAAAAAGCAUUACUCCUCUCUGUACAAGAGAAUAUUGUGUCCAAUACUCCUGAAAGAUUAGACCCCAACGCAAAUAUCCGUGAGCGGCGUCCAGUCCCCAGGGACACUGAUGCCCAAAGUGAUAGAGCAAAACCAUCCUCCACAUCCGGGGAGGUAACCAAGAGAAAGGUCUCUGACCGCAGGGAAGAGGCAGCAGUGAACAGCAAAUUUAACAAGCCAAUAAGACAGAAACCUAUGGCCAUUCACAAAAGCAAUUCCAUUCCCAGAACAAACCCAGGAGGACAAAACAAAAUAAACAGUCCGGCAGCAGCCAGAGAGUAUUAUAAACAGACACCACGACUCAAUGCACCAGGAAAUAAGAAAAGACCAGAUUUGUCCAAGAUUAAAUUAAAGAAUGUUGACAAAAACAUAGCAGAGACAAUUCUGAAUGAGAUUUUGGAUACAGGACCUACUGUCACAUUUAAAGAUAUUUCUGGACAAGAGGCAUCCAAAGAAGCCUUACAAGAGAUAGUCAUCCUACCGGCCUUAAGACCAGAGUUAUUUACAGGACUUAGAGCUCCUGCUCGUGGCCUCCUGUUGUUUGGUCCACCAGGAAAUGGUAAAACUAUGCUGGCAAAGGCUGUUGCCAAUGAAUCCAAUGCAACAUUUUUCAAUAUUAGUGCCUCAAGCCUUACUUCAAAAUGGGUUGGUGAAGGAGAAAAACUUGUCAGAGCAAUGUUUGUAAUUGCAAAAGAGCUUCAGCCUUCAGUUGUGUUCAUGGAUGAGAUUGAUUCAUUGUUGUGUGAAAGAAGAGAAGGUGAAAAUGAUGCUAGUCGCAGAUUAAAGACAGAAUUCCUUGUGCAGUUUGAUGGGGUGUCAGGGAGUGCUGAUGACAAAGUACUUAUUAUGGGCGCAACUAAUAGACCUCAAGAACUGGAUAAUGCUGUUUUAAGGAGAUUUGCUAAAAGAGUUUAUGUAAAGAUGCCUGAAAAAGAAACCAGAAAAGAUAUGUUGAGUCAUCUUCUGUCCAAACAUGGCAACCCCCUUUCUAGUCAGGAAUUGGAUAAUAUUGCACAAUUGACAGAAGGCUAUUCAGGCAGUGAUCUUAAUGCUUUGGCAAAAGAUGCGGCACUUGGUCCAAUAAGAGAUUUAUCAGCAAAAGAAGUGAAGACUGUGGAUGCAAAUCAAGUACGACAUAUUACAGAAAAUGACUUUUUUGAGGCCCUCAAAAGAAUUCGAAGAAGUGUUGCACAGGAAAGUUUACAACAGUAUGAGACCUGGAAUUUUGAAUAUGGAGCCGUUGGUGUAUAAAGCAUGUAUAAAUUUAAUUUAAAAUUUACAUUCCAGACAUCAGAAACCUUUUUCUACAUUUUCAUUUGUAUCAUUGAAGUUGUAACUCAAUAGGUACUAGCUAAUAAUUCAAGAUUUUUUUAACAAGCCAAUAAUUUCCUAUGCAUAUACAUGUUAUGCACUAUGAAGUGCUUUAAUAUAUGUACAUCAUGUUUAUGACAUCCUGUUUGUUAAUUUUAAUAUUUGUAAAAUACAGUUUGUCUUAUAAGGGCAUUAACCUUAAUGGUGAAAGAAUUGAUUCAGACACUCAGUUGAUAAGUGUACAAAGUACCAAUAAUUGGCUUCAGUGGCCCUUUUCACAAAAAUCUUAAGAUUUUGCAUAAAAAUGUCUUAUACAGUAAAUAAAAAUCCUAAAUGCUUUUCAUGAAUGCAUUCAUAAUAGGUUGAACUUUUGAAUUUUGUUUAUGAUAAACUUUUUUCUGUCAGAGAUCACAAUAUGCUCUAUAAUCCUUUAAAAAAAGUGGGUGAGAGUGAAAAUGAAUCGAAAGUUUACAAAUCUGGUAACAAAACAGAUCAUGGAUCACAGGUAUGGAAUGCAGUCAGUGGAAUCAUCAAACGUGUAGGAAAUCUGAUGUCACAAUUACAAAAAUAGGGCAUAAGGACAAUUUAAGAGAAAAUGUCAGUUUAAGAAUUUUCCAGAAUAAUUUCAUUUAAUGUGAAAUAAUAUAUAAAAUACCGUUAAAGUGUGCAUAAAAAAUUUCAAUUACAUGUACAGGUAAAGCAGGUAUUUUGGUUUUUUUAUCCAUAUAUAUGUAUUUUACAUCAUAUACAGCUCUAAAAUAGAUGUAGUUAUGAGAGAGUUAGAGCUCUUGCAAAGUCACAACAAAUUUUUACACAUAAGAAUCUCCCUAAGAUUAAAGAAUUUUAUUUUUUUUAAAAAAAACCCAAAUCUGAUGUUGUCUCUUACAAUGAGAAUUAAUCAUAAGAUUUUUGUGAAAAGAAGGCUACUUGUGGAAAUGUUAUUUUCUCAUUUUUUAAAGUUCUGAAUGUAACAGUGUACAAUAUGGAAGUAGAAUACUUCCGAACAUCUAGUUCUUUGAUGUUGUCAAUUUAUCUCCAUAUGUAAAAUCUUUGUAAAGAACUGCAUGUAUAAAAGUGAUGCUUUGUAAAAUGCAUGACUGCUGAUUAUGGUAAUUCUUUGAAAAUUGUUUCAUAGUCAAGAAAGUUUACUUGUUUCAGUUUGUUAUGGUUUUGAAGCAUUUACAUAUAGAAUAAAUUGUUAUAUGUUCUUCAA